UCCCCGGGUGGGCGUCAUGCGGGGCUGCUGGCAGCUGUGGGCGCUGCCCUGGGCGGCGCUGGCCCUGCAGGGACCCUCCUGGACGGGCGCCGGGACCCCCGAGGGCACCGGGUCGGCGCGCCGGGACUUCGAGGACGACGUCCUUGACCUGCUGGAGGCGCUCAACAUCAGCCGCUCGGUGCCAGGCGUCAGCAAGACCCAGGGUCCCGAUCCGGGCAUCCCGGCUUGGAAGUUCCGCCGACGGGUGCCCGUCCUGACUCUGCCCUGGGAUUACUCCGUCUACCUACUGUCCACGGUGCAAGCCGCCCUCGGCUUCCACUUCGUGGCCCGCCAGAACCCCGGAUCGGAGGGGACGCUCAUCUCCCUGGCCUCCCCGGCAGCCUCCAAGCGGGACGGGCAGCCCCUCCUGCAGCUGGCAUCCAGCACCCAGGCGGACCAGUUACGGCUGGCGUACCGGGCAGUGCAUAACAUGGAGCCGGCCUCGCUGGUCUUCCCCGGAAGCACCCCGUUUGCCCACGGCCGCUGGGCGCAGCUGGCCCUGAACCUGGAGCCACGGCGCAUCUCCCUCUACGUGGACUGCCAAGAGCCCUUCAUUUUUGAGAACCGCCGUGGGGAGGAGCUACUCAGCCUCCUCUUGCCCCUCGACCUGCAGAUCACCUUUGCCAGUUUGGCCGGAGACGAAUCCAGCAAGUUCCUGGGCUCCUGGCAGACGGCCGAGAUCUCCCCCCAUGGCUUCCCCCACCGCCCCUGGCACUGUGAGAACCUGCUGGAGCUGGACCUGUUCUCUCUGCCCUACGGUCUGUCUGAGAACCAGCAUCUUGAUCACCCAGAGGAACCUUCUCUGGAACUGGAUUCCUUGCCACCCUUUGAGCCGUCGGCCCUGGCAGAAACCCACCACUACCAACAAGAGCCCAGCCAAGCAGAAUUGCCACCCCUGGGAUCCGCGAGGUCUGGUGUGGCCAGCCUGGAAGACCGGAUGCAGAGGCUGGAGGAGCAGGUGGAGGGACUGGGAACCAUGCUGGAUAUGGUGAAGGAGCAGAAUUCCGACCUGAGGAGCUGGCUGAAGUCCCUUGAACAAUGUGAGUGCCGGCGGGUGACCUGCUUUGCAGAUGGGCAGCACUACGAGGAGGGGGCUUCCUGGGACCGAGACCCCUGCACCUCCUGCGUGUGUGCGCAGGGCAAGGUCGAGUGCCAACUGCAGCCCGACCGGAUGCACUGCCAGGGUUGUGUGAACGGAACCGCCAGACACGAACACGGGGAAGAGUGGACGCCCCCCACUGACCCCUGCCUGAGGUGCAAAUGUCAGGAGGGCAAUGCCAUCUGCCAACGGAGGCAGUGUGCCAGUCUGUGCCGCCACCCUGCCCGCCCUCGUCCGGGCACCUGCUGCCCCGUCUGUGACGGCUGCCUUUGGGAAGGACGCGAGUACCGCAGUGGCGAUGCCGUGCAGUCCCAAGACCGCUGCAAACACUGCCGGUGUGGGGCUGGUGAGGUCUCCUGCCGGCAGGUGAGCUGCCCACCUGCCCUCUGCAGCCAUCCAGGCAAGCACCCAGAGCAGUGUUGCCCCACCUGCGACGUCUGUGAAUUUGAAGGACGGUUGUACCAGGACAGAGAGACGUUCUCGCCUGCCGAGGGAGGCCCCUGCCUGCAGUGCCAGUGCUCGGAUGGGCAUGUCCGGUGCCAGGAGGAAUCCUGCCCCCCAAUGCCAUGUUCCCAGCCCCUCCAGGACCCCAAACGCUGCUGCCCGGUGUGCACAGUGUGUGUUUUCGAGGGCCUGGAAUUUGAAGAUGGCACCGAGUGGGCGCCAGCAGGCGAUCCGUGCCGAGCCUGCACCUGCCACCAGGGGGAGAUGGUGUGCCGUGCUCUCCAGUGCCCCCCUGUCGCCUGUCAGCAUCCAGCCCGGCUUCUCGGUUCCUGCUGCCCCCAGUGCCACCAGUGUCUCUACAACCAGCGCCUCUACAACCACGGCCAAGAAUUUGCUGAUCUGGACAAUCCCUGCCAGAAUUGCCAGUGCAAGGAGGGCACCGUCCACUGCUCACCCACCGUCUGCCCACCCGUGACCUGCCCCCACCCAGAGCGGAGGCCUGGAUCCUGCUGUCCUACCUGCCCAAGCUGCCUUCACGAGAACCAGGUGGUGCCAGACGGGGAGGAAGCCCCCAACCCGCUGGAUCUGUGCCAGGCCUGCGUCUGCUCCGGGGGGGAGCUGGUCUGCACCCCACGGAAGUGCCUGGCUCCCCUCUGUGCCCACCCCUUGCCGGGCUCCUGCUGCCAGAACAACUGCAAUGGUAGGGUGGCUGGCAGAGUCUCCCAGG